CAUUAUUAUAUUCUGUGGUAAGAACCUUCUAUUAUACGUUUGUCGCAUAGAGUAACUCUAUGGUUUGUCGACUGUAUUUAUCAUUAUCAACAACCGCAAUGUAAUGAGUUGUGCUAAAUUUUAUUGAACAUGUUGAAUUAAACUAGUAACUGAUGUAAUUACUAUUUAUCUGUUCAAAAUUAAAUCGAAUAUGUCUUCAGAUUAUUGCCGUAUUUGUACGUCUAUUUUACGGGACUACUUUGGUCAAGAUGUUUCCGAAAUCGCAAAGCCCUUGCAAUGGGGUCAGAAAUCCUUAAUUACUUUGACUACUAUGUUAGAUGGAAAAUAUGCUCGUCAACUAAUACAAGAAACUAUUAUUAUCUUGUUACAAUUCAAUUUUGUUUCAGCAAUUUGUAAUGUCCACUCAGUACAGGUCGAAUACAAAUUGAAUAUGGAUAAUAUUCUUUUAAUAUUAAGGUACCCAAAAUAUUUAUCAAUUAUAAAGAGAAAAUUUGGUAAUGAAUAUAAAGAACUUGUUGAAACCUUACUUUCUCUUGGUAGAGCUCCUUUAUCAAAAAUUGUUGGUGAAUGUAUUAAAUUACAAAAUAAGCCAGAUGAUUUAUAUAAUACUUAUUGGGAAAAAGCUAUUGAAUUAAUAAGAAAUGAGUACUUUAAAAGAACUUUUACAUUUGUAGUUUGGACUAAAGUAAAACCAAAUAAAAUGUUUACACCACCUUCCAAAAAUCAAAAAGACGAAAAAAAAAUAUUAUUUGUUCCCAAUUUUAAUAAAUUUCAUCAAGAUAUAAAAAAUAAAAUUAUUGUAGAUGCUGUAGUUAGGACAUUUGAUGACGCAAUUGUUGGAGAAGUAAUGGCUACUAUAUUAAGUCAAUGUGUUGAUAGUAAUGCUCCAGUUUCAAAUGCUAUAUCAUUACAACUGAUUAGAAGUAAUUUAUCUGUUGAUCAUAAUUAUUUAUUAGAAUAUAUUACAAUGAUUGAAGAAGAUCCCACUAAAUUUUUGUGUAAAUCUUAUGGUACAAUGUGUAAUAUUACUGUUAAUUUUAAACAAAUUAUAAAUUGCUUAAAUGAUUCUAUAAUUGAUCAAGUAGUAAGCUAUAAAUUUGGUGAGAGUUCUGCAAGACUAUUUAGAGCAACUAGAACAAAUAAACUUUUAGAACUUGAGCGACUUCAACAAACUGCCUUAAUACCAGAUAGAGAAACUAAAACAUUAACCUCAGAACUUUUUAUGAAUAAUUACCUCCAAGUUCAAGAAUUAAGAAAACCAAAUACUCGUUUAGGUCGAAAUGAUAGUAAAUCAUUUUAUUUAUAUCAUUUAAAUGAUCGUCAAUUACAUCAAGAAUUAACAGAAGAAAUAUUAAAAAUGAUUGGGAAUUGCAUGAUGUGGAAGUUUAAGACAUGUGAAGAUAAUAAAAGACUCCUAAAAAACAAAGCCCGAUUUGAUGGUAUGGUUCAAGGUUUGCAAGAUAAACAGGAAGCAGACAAAGAUUUUUUUGAAGAGGCCAUGGAUAAUUUAUUUUCACCAAGUGAACGAAUAUUGUUAGAUUCAAUAAACAGACUGUUACGUAAAUGCCAGUUAAACAUUAUGAGAUUGGAUGAGUGUUUAUUUUUAUUUCAUUCUUAUAAGCAAUAUAAUGAAACUGUUAAAUAAAUUUUUUUAUUUUUAAUUA